ACUCUGCACUUCCCACCCAAAAUCUCAUCUCGGUCAAAAAGCUCUCUCCAGAAGAUCAUCACCGCACUGCAAAAGUAGAGAUAAACGAAAGCCAUGGAAGCCGUGCUGAUAAGGACCGGCUCCAUCACGUCGCCGGCGGCGGCCGCGAUGCUCACGAGCUCCCCGUCCCUCGCCCUGCUCCGGCAGGACUCGCUCGCCGCCGGUGGGAAGUUCUCCGCCGACAGGCUCGCCCCGGGCUCGCCGAGGCUCUCGCUCCAUCUGGGGAUGAACCGCCGGAGCGGAUCCCAAGCGGGGAGCCGGAUCCGGCGCGCCCUGUCCGAGAGCGACGUGAUCGCGCCGCUGAGGAGGCUGAGCGGCGCCGGGUCUCUUUCCUCGUCGGCGAGGAUCCCGGAGGAGGAAUGCGGAUCGCCGGCGCUCGGAGGAUGCGCCGACGGCGUGGGGCGCUCCGGGGCGUGGCCGGGGAUCGGGAUCCCGCUGGAGGAGCUGGGGGUCUUUGGCGGCGGGAUCGGAGGCGGAAGCGACUUCGGCGGUGACGGCUCCGAUCGCUUCGGCAGCAACGGCGGCUAUGGCGGUGGGUAUGGCGACCGGCGGAGCAUCGGCGAUCACUACCAGGAGAUGCUGAAGUCGAGCCCCGGGGAUUCUCUGUUGCUGAGGAACUACGGCAAGUACUUGCACGAGGUGGAGGGAGACGCAGCGAGAGCGGAGGAGUACUACGGGAGAGCGAUUCUCGCGAGUCCCGGUGACGGAGAAGUGCUGUCGCUGUACGGGAAGCUGAUCUGGGAGACGCAGGGAGACGAGGGCAGAGCCAAAUCUUACUUCGACCAAGCCGUUCUCGCGUCACCGGACGACAGCACGGUGCUGGGGUCGUACGCGCGAUUCUUGUGGGAAUCGGAGGAGGAGGAAGAUGACGACGAUGGUGCGGAGGAAGCCGCGAAGUUGCCGGCGAUGGUGGCCGCUUUUUAGCGCGAAUCCCCGAGCCGGACGACCGACCGGAUUUUGAAAAAAGACCGAGCUGGAUUCAACGUCGACUGCAGAGCAAGAAUAUGUUUCUUGGAUGGUAACCCGAGUUUUUUGCGGAAUUUAAUCUUCCAUAAUAAAGAUAAUCUGACAAGAAUAAAACCAAAGCAGAGCCUGAGUAAUAAAGGUCUGGUGGCGAUCAUGAUCUGUAUAUUGUAAUGACUAUGAUCUCCGGUUUGCAGCCUGUACGGCAAAAAACGCUAAUCCCUGUCGUCGUCGUCGUCUGUGGUUUGUGCCUUAUCUGAUGGCGGUUUCGUGUUCUCAAAUGUAAAUUUCGAACUGAUAAUAUAGCUUGUUUGGAUUUAAUCAUGAUGGUACGAAUUGAAAAGGGCUUUUUGCUCGGUUGCC